CUUGCUGGUGACGAGCGGACCACCAGACAGCUCCAUCCAGGUCUGGCAGGUGUCAGCAGAGGACUCUGAUAUUAUCAAACCUCUGAGUGCCAUAGCUACAGAAAAUGCUGCUGGGCAACCUUGGGCUAAAAUUGCGACUGCUUCGGCCAGAGCCCCGUGGAUCCUGCACGGCUCGAGACUUGACAGCGUCCAAAUUACAGAGGUUGAAUCAAGGAAAAAUGUCUACAUGGCAGUUUGCCUCUCGAGCGGAGGGCACCUCACCCUAACAGACGUAAGAAAACUCUCCGAGUCCUUGGCCUCGGCGAAGUGCAGAGUUCCCUCUCCCAGCUCGGGUGCCGAGUUCCUGUGCGUCUCCUGGGCUCCAGCUCUGGAAGGCUGCCUGGCUGUUUCAGGUUUUGAUGGCACCGUCCACGUGUACGACACACAGAGCUGGGACAGCUCUGGCAGGGAAGCAGAACCGAUCUUUGUUCACAAAGGCCACGCAUUCGGUGGUGACGGAGACCCUCCCGUGGUCACAGCACACACGUGGCAUCCGCAGAAACCCAGAACUUUAUUGUCAGCAGCAAGCGACGGUUCCCUGCACGUUUGGGACUGGGCAGAGAACAGCAUCCUGCCGCCGUGUUAUCACACACCCAUCCCUUGUCCGCACUGUACUGUUGGGAAGAAAACAGACAAAAAAGGC